AUGUCCCGGACGAUCCUGCUUCUUCUGCUAAGCACCGUUUGGUUCGCCUCUGCUGCUACUGAUUGUCCCAGUUUACCGUCAACGUGCGUAUGUAACAAAGAAUCGAAUGGUCGAGUGUCGAUCACCUGUGAAGGAGCGCAUCUGCCCAGUUUAUUUAAGGACAUCGCGUCAACACCUAUUGAACGGUUACGGGUGUCAAAAUGUUCACAACCGACACUGGACGUGCUGCCACCAGGAAAGAUCCGUUCGCUGACACUGUCAAACUGCCAGAUAUCCUCCAUAGAUCCAAAGGUUUUUCGGACAGUAGAGUCAUCGCUUGAGGAAUUAAGCUUGUUGAACAACAGCCUGUCGAACGUGCCACUCUUUGGGAACAUGUCAAAGCUGCUGUCAUUGAAUUUGUAUGGAAAUAAGUUAAAAGAUGUACCUGAGCAUGCCUUUGAUGGAUUACCACACCUACGAUAUUUGCGGAUAGAGCGCAACGGGAUUUGCUCCCUUUCACCGAAUGCGCUGGCAGAGGUGAAAGCAAAUCUACAGCUGCUCGAUCUGAGUGGGAACUGCUUCUCUGCUAUACCCGCACAAAAUCUUCGUAAUAGUGUCAUGCUCAUGUAUCUUGACCUGUCUGAUAACAAGAUUGGCGAGAUCAACAAUUUCGAGCUGAUGAAUCUUCCGCAGUUGAAAGAGCUUCGUCUUCAUGGGAACGUUUUGAAUCAGAUACAUCCUAUGGCAUUCAUGAAUGUACCACAACUACAGUAUUUGUACAUGAGAGACAAUCUGAUUGGCAGCCUGGAUGGAAACAGGCUCCAAGCCUUCCAUAAGCUAGAAAUUUUGGAUGUAACUAACAAUUUGUUACAAAAGCUUCCGGAGCUGAAAGAUCUUACUAGCCUGAAGCAAGUUCGCCUCGAUGGAAAUCUAAUUGAGAAGGUGGAAACUCUCGCAUUCUCUAACAAUCCAAAGCUGCAGUUGAUCAGUCUUCAGAACAAUAAUAUCGUACAAAUCGCCAGAAACAGUUUCGACUCCUUGGAUCAACUCUUAGUAUUGUUGCUGUCAAACAACUCGAUUCAGACCAUAGAACGUGGUAUGCUCGAUGGAAUGAAGAAUCUGCAGCAGCUCAACCUUCGCAACAACUCCCUAUCAUCUGUAGAUGAGAACACGUUUUCCUCACUUCGACAACUGACGACGCUAGAUUUAGCCUACAAUAAUCUCAAGAAAAUCGGAAAGAAAACUUUCUUGCAUCAAACGAAGCUUUUUUGGCUGGACCUUUCAAAUAAUCAACUAACAUCGUUCGAGGAAGGCACAUUCGACUCUAAGAUUGCUAAUAUUCUUUUAGAUGGAAAUCGUCUAAUAUGCGAUGAUUCAUUCGACUGGUUCGUAAGAUACCUUGUAACCAACCGUGUGAGAACGUUCCUACCGUUCCAGGCUGAAAUCAGCUGUGCUGGUCCUGAGAAAUACGCUGGAGUCAGACUAAAAGAUCUAAUGAUGAAGAAGGCGAAUGACACAUUAAACGAGGGAAUGAAAACUCUUGGAUUCAACGAGCAAGGGCAAAGAUCCUUCAUUUCUUCGCUGAUUCCUGGUCUUAAUCCUCCGCAAUCUAGAGGUAUGGACAGUUCUGCGUUAGAACACGCCGCGGCAGGGAUUCCUAUCCUAUCAACACUUUCUCAGGCAAUUCCAUCCAUGCGAAAUAUGCCUGCUUUGGAAGCUGGAGGAGCAGUUGCAGGACAACCUGUUAAUCCCCAAUUGAACACUGCUAUUGAGCAGUUCACCGCUCCACUCGUACGCUUUGCUACUGGAGGUCAACCUGUAGCUAGUGACAUUCAGCAGUUGAUAGAGUCAAUUCCAAACUUUGUGGUUAACGUUCCUGGUUUGGGAAAUGUAGAUAUUAGCAAGUUGGAUCCCAAUCUCAUUUCACAUGUUCUACGAGGUGGACAAAUCCCUGGAAUUCCCAAAGAGACAUUGGACAACAUUGUCCAACAAUACAUGCUAAAGAUGCAUGAGGCGGCUGCAGCAGCACGGAGCGGAACUCCGCUGCCUGACGGUGAGAAGUUCCUUCCGUCGUUUGACAAGCUACCUAAUGAGUUGAUCGCCGGUGUGAUCCAAGGUGAUACACUUCCUGGAUUGAACGAAACUCAAACUCAAACAAUCAAGGAUUACUACACUAGCCUCAUCCCUGUCCUGGCUACCGAAGAUGAGAGCGACAACGAUACCGAUGUUGUAUCAAAAUCACCUCCAGUAAAAAGACCAGCGUUCGUGUUUUCAAAGGAAAUGAUGGACAUGCUGAGGAUGUUGCCAACCGGUUACGACUUAAGCAAGAUUCCUUCGGAAAUCAUAACAGCUUUCUCUCGUGGGGAAGUUCCUGAUCUUCGCAAGUUGCCGUCAGAUCUCUUGGAACACUUCAAGUCAAACAGCGAUAAACUAGGCCUAAUUUUCAACAGAGUUGCGACGGGAAAUACCUCAUUAGAAGAAAUGUUGUCGAAGCUUCCAAAAUUCGAAAAACCUGUUUUAUCCACUUUUUCACCUUAUGACAUUAAUCGGCUUUCGAAUGAAAUGAUUCAUGAGGAGGAAGAGGCAGCGAAAGCUGCACGUAUGAGAGUCUAUACAGCUAUUGCGUUGGGGCUGGUAGGAGCACUUACUUUGGUUGUUCUCGCAAUUUUCGCUGUAUACAUCAAGCGUCAAAGGAAAGGAAAAGAGAGGCAAACCCUUAUGUCGCCUGGUGGUCCAAUUCCCGGUGCUCCGUUAGCAAAUUCCACUAUGCGACGUGCACCAGCUACACAAUGUAGUCAAUUACAUCUAAGAGUUGAUUAA